AUGCCUCUCAAAAUCUACGGCAUCCGCGAGUCCACCUGCACAUCGCGCGUCCUCACCGUCCUGGCCGAAAAGGGAGUUACGGACUACGAGUUCAUCACCAUGGGGCGGGCUGACAUGAAGGCACCUGAGCAUUUGGCGAGACAGCCGUUUGGAAAGAUUCCUGCUAUUGAUGAUGAUGGCUUUGUGCUGUCUGAGAGUAGGGCUAUUUGCAAAUAUCUCGCCAAAAAGUACGCCGGCCAGGGCACGAAGCUGAUUCCAGAUGACGAUGAUUUGAAAGGCUACGGGCUAUUCGAGCAAGCUUGUUCGUACGAAGCUUCCUAUUUCAACCAUCCAGCCGAAAGCAUCGGCUUCGAGAAACUGUUUAAAGGCGCUCACGGCAAGGGUCCAGCCGACGAAGAGCUAGUAGCGCAGUACAAGAGCCAGCUCGAAGACACUCUCAAGAUCUACGAUGUGAUUCUCGCAAAACACGCGUAUCUAGCUGGAGACCAAGUGUCGCUCGCCGAUUUAUUCCAUCUCCCGUAUGGAGCAUUGGCCAAGGAAGUCGGGUUCCAGACGCUUUUCGAUCCGUAUCCGAAUGUGAAGAGGUGGUUUGAAAGUCUUGAGGCUAGGGAGAGCUGGAAAAGUGUCCCGAGUAUUAUGGCAUUUUUUAAGAGGCUGAGAGAGGCGAAAGAGGAGGCUAAGGAGUAG